GUGGCCAGGCGGCGGGGCGGAAGUGGUGCUAGGGGUUGCUUGGAGCCAAGACCCCGAGUGAGGAGGGGGCGGGGCAGGUGCGGGCCGCGUCCCGCAGGAGGCGGUGAGAUGGGCCGGCCGCCCGGCGAGUCCCGGCCGGUGGUGUCCCCGCCGCUCGCGCGCUCCAGGCCGGCUCCCAGCACCUGAGCCCGCCGCGCCGGGGCCGUGGGCGGUGGAGACAGGGAGGCGCCGCGCGCUCCGUCGGGACCAUGCCGUGCACCUGCGGCAACUGGCGGAGGUGGAUCCGGCCGCUGGUCGUUGUUCUCUACGUUGUGGGGCUGCUGGUGGCGGUUCCCUUGUGCGUGUGGGAGCUGCAGAAGCUGGAGGUUGGGAUUCAUACCAAGGCAUGGUUUAUUGCUGGAAUUUUUCUACUGAUGACUAUACCAGUUUCUCUCUGGGAUAUAUUGCAACACUUAGUUCAUUAUACUCAACCUGAAUUACAGAAACCAAUAAUAAGGAUUCUGUGGAUGGUGCCGAUUUACAGUUUAGACAGCUGGAUAGCUUUGAAAUAUCCCAACAUUGCAAUAUAUGUGGAUACCUGUAGAGAAUGUUAUGAAGCAUACGUCAUCUACAAUUUUAUGGUAUUCCUUUCAAAUUAUUUAACCAACCGGUAUCCAAAUCUGGUAUUAAUCAUAGAAGCCAAAGAUCAGCAGAGACAUCUACCUCCCCUUUGUUGUUGUCCAUCAUGGGCUAUGGGAGAAGUUUUAUUAUUUAGAUGUAAACUAGGCGUGCUGCAGUACACUGUUGUCAGACCACUUACCACCAUUAUUGCUCUAAUCUGUGAGUUGGUUGGUGUAUAUGAUGAAGGAAACUUUAGCUUCAAAAAUGCUUGGACUUACUUGGUUAUCCUUAACAAUAUGUCACAACUGUUUGCGAUGUAUUGCCUUGUGCUUUUUUAUAAAGUACUGCGUGAAGAGCUGAACCCAAUCCAGCCUGUUGGCAAGUUUCUUUGUGUGAAGAUGGUAGUUUUUGUUUCCUUCUGGCAAGCUGUACUUAUUGCACUGCUGGUGAAAAUUGGUGUUAUUUCCGAAAAACGCACUUGGGAAUGGCAAAGUGUGGAAGCUGUGGCCACAGGCCUACAGGAUUUUAUCAUCUGUGUGGAGAUGUUCUUUGCUGCUAUUGCUCAUCACUACAGUUUUUCCUAUAAACCUUAUGUCCAAGAAGCUGAAGAAGGAUCAUGCUUUGAUUCCUUUCUUGCAAUGUGGGAUAUUUCUGAUAUUAGGGCAGAUAUAUCUGAACAGGUUCGAAAUGUUGGAAGGACAGUUUUGGGCCAACCAAGGAAAAUAUUUUUUGCUGAGGAUCAUGAACAGAACGAACAUACAAGCUUACUGUCUUCAUCUACUCAAGACCCAAUUUCUGAUGCUGCUUCUAUGCCAUCUUCACCUAUGAGUGGCCACUACCAGGGGUUUGGACACACUGUGACACCUCUGACUACACCUACAACUACUACAAUAUCUGAUGGCAUUUAUAACACUAUUGUUGCAGAAGAGAAUGAGGAUUACCUUGUUCCAGGGCAUAGUACGUCUGAGAAGCCUUUGGAUAAAAGUUAAACCCAUCUCCAGCUGAGUGUGCUAAAGAAUCUGUUCUGUGCUUUCCUACCAUAUUGUUUCAUGAUGACGUAUUCCAUUGCUCUUGAAGGGGUUGUUAAUAGCUGGACAAAUGCAGCAUUUCUCACAAACAGGAACAAAGUAAGUGGUUGGAGUCUCAGUUCUGAAUACUGAAUUUGUUUAAAUUCUAUAAUGGAUUUGAAUAUAUAGUGUAUCCAUGUACAUAGUUUAAAUUUCCAGCACAGAUUUUAAGAAUCCGUUUCUUAAUAGAGAUAAAGUAUUUAGAAAGCUAUAUAGUACCUAGGAUAAAAAGGGAAGUGUUACACUGAAAUUACACUGGUCUCUGUUAACACAGAAGAUAUAUCUGUAAACAAAUACUCUAUUGCUUUUCAAAUGUGUAGGAUAUAGGUAGAGCUGCUAACUGGGAGACUUGAUUUCAGGAAUGUAAUUUAAGCAACUGAACUGUGGAGACUUCUUAUGUUGAACUUACCUCUCCAGUGAGGUGGUGACCCAGUAAAUUUGAGGGUAGUGUGUGGCUGGAGUACUGACUUCUUCACCUUUCCCUAUAUACAAACACACAAUUGAAACUGCUUAAUUAAGAUACCUUCUCUUCCAUUACAGAGCACCAAUGUCUCUGGGCAUCAGCCAAAGCAUCCUUUUAAAAACUAAGUUCUCCGUACAGGCCUAAGUCGUAAGAGAUUGAGCCCAGAACGCCAAAUUGCCAUCCUUGGCAUGGCAGCCCUGAGUGGCUGGGCUGCCUCCUAGAGAGGUAUGGUCUGAGCACAGGACUGUGAGCCAGAAAUGUAUUUUAAUCACAAAUCUAGGCAAGUAAUUUACAUUUUGCCACCAUUUUCUCUGUCUUUAAAAUGGGAAUAACAGCUAGUUCACAUGCAUACUGGUAAGAAUAAUUACUGUUUGCGAAGUGUCAGACAGGAAAAGCAUUUCAUAAGUUUAAGGAGAAACUGACUUCUGUACUUACCCUACUUUGACAUGUUUAAGAUUUUUAAGAGAGAGGUGUAUUUCCCAACAAAAUGAGUCUAGUUGUCUAUGUAUAGAUUUUGUUUGUUUGUCGGUAUACUGUCAUCUUAUCCCUCUGCUAUAGCCUAGGUUCAAAAUCAGUAGCAAACUUGCCCUCUCAUGGGGAGGGAAAGUAAGAUAUUCAUUAAAAUGGAAUCUAGUAGGUAGUGUAAUACGGAAGAUACUAACGUUACAGACUUCAGAUAAAGAAUAAUGGCAUUUAUAUCAGAGUUCUAAGGAUUUUUUUUGCAAAUCUGACGAAACCAAGGGGCUAUUUUUUCUAUCCCAACAUCAAACUUGCAUUUGCAUUGCAUGCUUGCAAUUUGACAUUUAUAUAGAGAAAUAAAACUGGAGCAGCGUAGAUGCUUUUUAAAGUGGUAUCUGCAACAUUCCACCAAAAAGUACUCGUAACUAACUUUUUUCCAGCAUUGAUACCCUUUACAGAACAAAUUUUUAAUUGUAACUUCUUACUCUUACAGUGAAUUCAUCUUAAGUGCUUUUUGCAGUACUAGUGUUAUGUAAAUAUUUUGCCUUAUUCACUAGGCUGCAUAUUUUAUAGCCGAAGUGGAGUAUGUACUUAAUGUAUUUGAAGUUGUUAGAAAAGAGAGCAAAUCACUUACAAUAUGCCGAUUCAUUGCCUUCAUUGUAAAUAAGCAAAUAAAGAUUUUAUUUAAA